AUGUCUAUCGAACCAUCAAGUUCCGAUACUCCACUGCCAUCGAUUUCCUCAACGGAAAGCCUUGACAGUCUGGACAUGUUGGAGCGGCACUUCGAACCCGCUUUCGACCAACUGGGCAGUAAUCGACUGCAGAACAUACUCGAGAUGGAUCUGCCUCGUCCAAAAGCACUCCUUUCUCAUCACGGUUACGAAGUAGGACAGGGAGCCAUCGCAGGUGGAGCCGUGGCAGUCGUAGUUGUGGUAUGUGUUGGAUUCUUGCUCGUAUUGCUCGUUAUCGGAGUACUAAAAAUGAGGGACACUCCGUUGCCGCGCAGGAGGAAGAACAAACGACAAGUCAGCUUUUUAGUUUUCUUCUUGGAGUCUCACUAUCGAAAACGACUUCUUUUGCAGGAUGAUGGCAUGGCAUGGGAUGAUUCUGGUAUGAAUAUCACUGUAAACCCACUGGAUGAUGUGGAGAAGAAUGUGGUGGAAGAAGAGUUUACUGAAGAUGAGGAGAGCACAGAUGGCGAGGGAAGGUGA